CUUCUGUCCAACCACCGCCGCUGCUGGUGCUUUCGCUCGCUAGUAGAGCGCUGUAGCCACGGCGAGACGCUGAAAGUGGACGUCCGUGCCUUUUGACGGCACAAAUCCCAAGCCAGCCGCUGUAUUAUCCCAUGCAAAAUCACAGCAAUGCGCCGGAAAUCUAGGAUAUUACUAUGUUUCGCUGUGCUCUGGGUCCUAGGCAUAGCAUAUUAUUUCUACUCGGGGACAACGCUGAGUCGAAAGGAUGACUGGAGUGGCAUUAAUUCAAACAGAAUUCAAUCACACAGCAAUGCUGAUGACAAAGCCCAAAGCCUAGAGACCCUUCCUCCAGGGAAGGUUAGGUGGCAGGACUUUGACCAGGAUCUGUACGUGGGAGUGACCGUGGUGAGGCCAGGGCAGGAUCCCUACGCCCGCAACAAGUUCAACCAGGUUGAGAGUGACAAACUCAGAAUGGACCGCAGUGUCCCUGACACCAGACAUGACCACUGUCGUCACAAACAGUGGAGGACAGAUCUUCCUGCAUCCAGCGUGGUUAUCACCUUCCAUAAUGAGGCCCGUUCUGCCCUCCUGCGCACUGUGGUCAGUGUACUGAAGAAGAGCCCUACCCAUCUGGUCAAAGAGAUCAUCUUGGUGGAUGACUACAGCGACAACCCUGAAGAUGGUGCCUUACUUGGGAAAAUCGAGAAAGUCAGAGUCCUACGGAACGAUCGACGAGAGGGCUUGAUGCGGUCCCGUGUCCGAGGGGCAGAUGCAGCCACGGCCAGUGUACUAACCUUCCUUGACAGCCACUGUGAGUGUAACGAACACUGGUUGGAGCCUCUGCUAGAAAGGGUUGCUGAGGAUAAGACUCGGGUUGUCUCGCCCAUCAUAGAUGUCAUUAACAUGGACAAUUUCCAGUAUGUGGGGGCAUCUGCAGAUCUUAAAGGAGGUUUUGAUUGGAAUCUAGUGUUUAAAUGGGACUACAUGACCCUGGAACAAAGACGAGCACGGCAAGGAAACCCUAUUGCGCCUAUCAAUACACCCAUGAUUGCUGGUGGUCUUUUUGUAAUGGACAAGAACUACUUUGAAGAGCUUGGGAAGUACGACAUGAUGAUGGAUGUUUGGGGAGGUGAGAAUCUCGAGAUCUCAUUCCGUGUGUGGCAGUGUGGAGGCAGUCUGGAGAUCAUUCCCUGCAGUCGAGUGGGCCAUGUCUUCAGGAAACAGCAUCCAUACACUUUCCCAGGAGGCAGUGGCACUGUGUUUGCCAGGAACACGAGGCGAGCGGCAGAGGUGUGGAUGGAUGACUUCAAGAAUUUCUACUAUGCUGCUGUUCCCUCAGCUCGUAAUGUACCCUAUGGCAACAUUCAGAGCAGGCUGGAGAUGAAGAAGAGGUUAGGCUGCAAACCAUUCAAGUGGUACCUGGAAAACGUCUAUCCUGAGCUACGGGUUCCGGAUCAUCAGGACAUUGCCUUUGGUGCACUACAACAGGGGCAGAACUGUCUGGACACACUGGGACACUUUGCUGAUGGUGUGGUGGGGGUGUAUGAAUGCCACAAUGCAGGGGGCAAUCAGGAGUGGGCCCUGACUAAAGACAAAUCAGUGAAACACAUGGAUCUGUGUCUGACGGUGGUGGAUCGCACUGCUGGCUCGCAGAUCAAACUGCAGGGCUGCAGGGAAAAUGACAGCAGACAGAAAUGGGAGCAAAUCGACAACAACUCCAAACUGCGACACAUAGGCAGCAAUCUGUGCCUGGACAGCCGGAGUGCGCGGAACGGUGGCCUGACGGUGGAGGUGUGCAGCCCCUCGCUCACUCAGCAAUGGAAGUUCACUCUCAACCUGCAGCCCUAGCUUGACACCGCCAGUCCCAGCCCUCCCCUUCUCGCGCCCGGAAUGCCCGCGCUGGGCACGCACUCGCCCCUCUGAGAUAUCGCUGCCCAGAUACAGACUCAGGGCCGCCACAGCGUGGUCACUCUGGUCCUCAAGGGCCACGGGGCCACGAAAACAGACAAAACAAACAAGAUGAUGAUGACAAUUUCCAUCUAACUAUAUACCUCAAUGUUUCAUCUAUUGUCCAGCUCUUGGAAAGUGAAUCUGAGUGUCUACACUUAAUUGAAAACAUUUAGGGGUUUUUUGUCCUGUUUCCGAUGCGAACAAAAAGAUUCUGCUUUCUCUCAUCUUUUUUUCUUGUCUUAUUUUGCGCCAUUUUUUUGUCUUGUUUUCUGAAAUGAAUUUCUGCACAUUUUGUAUGAUGGAGUUGAUGUCCAUUGUUCUUUUCUUUUUCUAGUCACGUUACCAAUAUUGUUGAAUGUAAUUGACAUGUUUAAUGGAGGCUCCCUGCCUGUGCUGUGAUCGGACUGGAUUUUGAAUGAAGGCAGUUUUAGUUUGGGCUGAUGGGAAUGGAGAAGACUCAUUUGUUGUGUGCACUCUCACAGACACACUUUGACUGUGGAGGACAUCGGCAGCCUCGUAUUUUUCAACUCGUAGUGCACGCACAAAAAUGUUUGUUUUUUUGUUUUUUUAGUUUCUGUUGAAUUGUCAACCUGUCUUUUCUGUUAAAGGUGCAAUGUGUAAAGAUUCAGCCUGCUUCCUCUGGAGGCCUCUGUUGUGUUCUGAAGGAGAACAAAGGCAUUGUACAGAACAUUACUGCUGGAUUCACAUACUGUAGCGCUGGCUGCUAACAAUUCAGUGUCUGUACUUGUCUUCAAACACAAACAUGUGUUUCUCAGUUGCAUUUUUAUCAAUAAUCAUGUUAUUUCGUUGUUCUAAGUAGCCUUUAUCUAUUUUCUUUGCAAACUGUAUAAUGUAAAAUAAUCAACUUUGGUAACCUGGUAACUCCAAGUAGAUAUAAUGCUGAUCUGAAACUUUGCUCCUGUUCUUGGGUUUUGAGCAAAGCUGUAUGUGUAAUACUCAUCGUCUUAACUCGUUGUCCAUCACUUUGAUGUGUAACAAACUGUUCUGAUUUCAUGCAGGAUGUAUCCUGGAUAGUUCAAUGGGUAACGUGGGAGUUGCUUCUGUCCUGGUUGUUUCAAUACCAAGAUUAACCAUGAUUUUACUCAGCAACUGUGGUCAAAUGUGGCAUAUACCUUUACUUGAGCAUCCUUAUCCUUUUCAGUGGUUAAAAGUUACUGCCUUUUUUUAUCCAUGAUACUGUGUAAAUGUGAAAUUUUUUUUGUCUUUUUUUUUUUUUUUGUCGCUAAGCAGCUUUCAGAGUGUGCAUUAGAAAAGCAUUUACCACUUAACUGGACUCACAAAUGAGAAAAGUAACCCGGGUUGGUGUGGGUGUGUGUGGGUGUGUGUGGGUGUGUGUGGGUGUGUGUGGGUGGGUGUGUGUGGGUGUGUGUGGGUGUGUGUGUACAUGCAAGACUCACUCAUUCAUUUAGUCUUUUCAUUUAUUCAUUGCCCCUAGGAUAUUUCAAAUUUCCACAUAAAAAGCAUGGCGUAUUAUUGUGGUACUUCAGUUGUCACUGGUUAAUCUUAACAGAACUAGUGUUACUGUAAAUCCAAUAGACAAAGAAUCCUGUGAUAUGUGAAAUCAAUUUAUUUAAUCAAUUUACCUGUCUUUCAUGUAUACCUGAGCUGGGAUAACGGCGUAGCAUUCUGACUAACUUAUUGUAGGGUAGGAAAUCCAGACUAAAUGAGUCCCUGACUACCUUUUGGUCAGCUCUCCUCAUGUAUUGCAGUAAAUGUUAUGUUAAUCUUUGACUUGUAUGCAUUUGAUUAGUCUACAUCACCCUGUGCUGUCCCAGAUAUUACAGUUCUCCAUCAGCGAGUUAGAUGGAGUUAGAUUAACAUUUGGAAGAUGUCUUUUUUUUCUUUUCUUUUUUUUUUUUUUCCAGUGACAUUUUUAAAGGGAUAGUUCACCAUAAAUGAAAACCGUUAUCAUUUACUCACCCUUGUGUUCCAAACCUGUUCCUGACAAACCUGAUUUUCUUUUAUGUGUGGAACACAAAAGGAGAUGUUGGACAAAAUGACAGCUUCAGUCACCAUUCACUUUAAUUUAUUUUUUUCCCCAAUAGAAUGAAAAUGAAUGGUAACUGUGGUUUUUCUUUUUUAUGCUCCACAGAAGAAAGAAAAUCAUAUUGGUUUGGACCAACAUUUACAGAAUUUUUGGGAGAACUUUUCCUUUUAAGUGAAACUGGGCAGAGAUUGUGUGGCCUUUAGUGUGGAGAAGAAGAAAAAAUCAGUCCAUCUACCUGUAUUUUAAGUUCUGUGUUUUGUAUUGUCAUCAGGUUUCCUGUAGUCAAAUGAGUUUGCUGCCCCUAGGGAUGACCACAUGAGUAGAGGCAGCACGGAAAGAGCAGGGUAAAAUGUGAAAUGCACUUUUGCCAUAAUGAAUCAUGCCACCUUUCUCCAGUUUAUAAGAAGAAAGGCCAAUGAAAUGAGUUUGCCAUGUCAACAUGUUGACAAUAUUAGUGCAGUGAAAAAAGUUAAAGGGAUAGUUCAUCGCAAAUUGAAAAUUCUGUCAUUAUUUACUCACCUUCAUUUUGUUCCAAACCUGUAUGACUUUCUUCUGUGGAACACAUAAGAUGUAUGUUGGUGUCAGUAGCUAUUCACUUUCAUUGCACCCUUUUUCCACACAAUGAAAGUGAAUGUUGACUGAGACUCAUUCUGCUUAACAUCUUUUGUGUUCCAUGGUAGAAAGAAAGUCAUAUGGAAUUGAAACAACGCAAGGGUAAGUAAAUAAUGUCAGAAUUUUCCUUUUUUGUGAAAACAAGUCCUUUUAAUGUUUAUGUAGGGGAAAGUUAAUGGCUUUGAACAUUUUUUGGGGGGGAAAACACAAGUCAAAUUAGGAGCAAUAUGUGAUAACUAAUCUUUGAAUUGGAUUAAAUGUUUACAUAGCAGUGUGCCAAAGUCAUUUACUGUUUGACUGAAAUGUGGAAACAGUUCUAUUCAAGGCUAGGACAGUUGUCAUUUCAGUAAAUGAAGGACACGUGACCCCGCAUUUCUUUUUUUUUUUUUUCUCUCUCUCUCUCUUAAAUGACAGUUUUAGGAAGUUCUUGAUGUUGCAUUAAACGGCAAAGGAAACCCCAUGGGGUCAGCAGCUGUAAUAGUGUAUAUGUGUGUAUAUACAAUGUAUGUCCAUGCAUGUACAUUUACACUCAUUCUGUUGCAGUUAUAGUGAUUUGGUCAAUUGUACAGCACUUGUAUUUGUUCAUUGUUUUAUAGAUAUUGCAAAAGUUUGAAUGACAAAAAAUAAUGAACUUAAAUAAAAAAAUUUAUACAUAUAA